AUGCACAUGAAGAUAAGAGACAAACAUGGCUUCAAGGCAGCGCUUAAGGAUGGAUUGGGGAGUUUCAUCUCGCGUGUUAGAGUGGAGGAUGCGAAGUUUUGGUCCUCGCACGAGACUAGUGAAAGAUUGCUUGAGCGGAAGAAGGGGGGAGCUGGGAGCAAGGAUAAUUAUAUCGUAUUCAAAUGUCAUAUGAUUUUACUUACCAGCUCAGCCGUAGAAACUCGAUUCCCAGGCCAGUACACCAUAUUCACGACUGCUGAAGCUGAUGAACGAAAUGGAACAAAUCCAAUGGACAGGGCAAGAAGAUGUGCAGUUGUCGAGGGGAACGAGGCUAUAUCAAAGGCGCCUCUAUGGGUAAUUGAAGUGAUACCAUUUUGGUAUAAUUUCUAG